AUGUGUGGAAUAGUUGGCGUCAGCCUAGGCAGUCUUCAAUACGAUGCUUACUCGGAUCUGUUAGAGACAGCCGCCUUUCUGCAGCAUCGCGGCCAGGAUGCCUGUGGAAUUAUAUGUGGCACCGAAGAUGGGACGGCGAGCUUCCACAGAGGAGCCGGCCUCGUUAACGAGGUUUUCGGGAAGGGAAGCCAUGUUGCCUCUCACCUACAGGGGAGUUUUGGUAUCGUGCGCUAUCCCACCAACGGCGAGUACAACAAAGUGCAGAUCCAGCCAAUAAUCGACAAAUCAAGGGGGAAUAUCGCCAUCGCCCAUAAUGGGAAUCUUGAAAACUCCAGAGCUCUUGGCACAUACCUCACAUCGAUCGGUCAAAAUCAGAGCAAUUGUACGAGUGAUUCGGGGUUGAUUCUCGAGACACUUCUAUCCAAAUACCAUCCACCGAGUGAAAUGAGCUCAGUGGAGAGCUGGAUUAUGUUAGGCCUUGAGCAAGUAUAUCUGAGAUGUGUCGGGUCUUUCGCAUGUGUCCUGUUCAUCCCAGGAUACGGACUGGUUGCCUUCCGGGACGCUAAUGGCAUCAAGCCAGUAAUAAUGGCGGAAAGAAUUCUAGACCAUGGGGAAGUUGACUACAUGUUUGCCAGUGAGAGCGUGGCUUGUACAAGUCUAGGCUAUACUCCCGUGCGAGAUGUUCGGCCAGGAGAAGCCAUAUUUGUGCCAUAUGCAUCAGCAUGUCGCCCUCAGCAUCGUUGUAUCAUUCGCCAGGUUGUGCCUCAACUUUCGUAUUCUCCGGAUAUAUUCGAAUACGUGUACUUUGCAAGGGCCGACAGCGUUAUAGACGGUAUCAGCGUCAACAGGAGCCGUCGAUUCAUGGGUAAGGCGCUAGCCCAGACACUCAUCAACGAAAUCACGGCCAAAGACGGAUGCGUCCAUGAAGAAAUCGACUGCGUGAUCCCGGUGCCGGAAACGAGUCUUACAUGUGCGCUUGCAGUGUCACAAUACCUUCAUAAGCCACUGGCUUUUGGAUUUGUGCGGAAUCGCUUCAUCUUCAGGACCUUUCUACUACCAACUCAAAAGCAGCGCACCAAAGCCGUCGCCAGCAAAUUGAGCACAGUGAGAGAGGAGUUCGAGGGAAGAAAUGUUCUCAUAAUCGAUGACAGCAUCGUAAGAGGAACAACGGCUAUUCAAAUCGUCAAGAUGGCCCGUGAAGCUGGCGCAAAGAAAGUAUACUUCGCUUCUGGUUCGCCUGCUAUAAGAUUCAAGCACAUCCAUGGUAUCGACCUAGCAGACGAAUCGAGACUCAUCGCACAUGGGCGUUCCAAUCUCCAAAUUUCGGAAGCUCUUGGCGCCGACGGCGUCUUCUACCUUUCUCUUGAUGCUCUCAUCGAUUCUUGUAUCAGUGCACGACGUUACGGUGAUGUUUCUUCGUUCGAAGUUGGAAUAUUUAAUGGUGUAUAUUCGACCAGGGGCUCUUGUUUAGCGAAGUAG